AUGGCUGUUCACAUCUCCAGCAACACGGUCGUAGCCUCAUUGUGGGGUUCGGAAGACGUGACUGCCAUUCCGCUGCAGUCAAGUGGGCAGUUCCUGUCGCUUCGCCUAUCCCCAACAACCGCCAUCGCCGAUAAUACCGUCACGUCUGUCGCCUUUCACCCUGUCGAUGAAACCUGCUUCGUGCUAGGGACGGGGGCUGGUAAGGCUUAUGGCGUGUCCCUGCAGGAGAACAAGCUCUUCCUCCUUGCCGAUGUUGGCGAACGCGGCGCCCUACGAUGCGCCACCUUUUGCCCCGGAUACCUGACAAGCCCGAUCGUUGUGUUCGCCGGCACUGACAAUCGACUUCUUUUCCUAGACUGGCAACGCGGCACUGUUCUGCAGGAUGUGCUGGCGACGGCACACCAACGGCCGAUCCUGCGCAUUGUUACAGGCGCGUCGACAGAGUCUCUCUUCUGCAUAGUGAGCGCGGACGCCUUUUCUUGCUGGGAACCAGUUGCAAGUAGUGAAGGCGCAUUCGCCAUGGACCCGUCGAGCUCCGCCGUUCCAGUGACUAGUCACCAGGGGUCCACCAGCACAGCGGGCACGGCUGGCCCUUCCCCGAAAGACCGCAGCACUUCUGGGUUCUCGAUGCCGCGCUACGGGUGCUCCGGCAGUGCGUUGCCGACCGAAUGCACUCUCGAGCUCCAGCGGAGCUGCGACGUCCUGCCGAGGCCCACGAACAGGGCCACGCACCGCUUCCUUGGAGUGCACAUUCUUCACCCAGCCCUAUUCGUCUCCGUGGAAGCGAACGGGGUGUUAUCUCUGUGGUCGCGAGCUGCAGCAGCUGGAGAUAACGAAGCCGUAGCGCACCGGGUGCCGCUUCGCCUGCAACAGAGCGCUACAACACCGUCGGUGCUGCGAGUGCGCUGCUCCGCACAAUGUGGGGCACUCAUCGUUCUUGGAGCGGAUGCUGCGACAGUGGAUGAGCUCGGUGACCACGUGGAGCCGGUAGUGGCCUUUGUCGUGGGGCAGACGCUGGAGGGUGCGGGCAUUGUACGGCUGCCUAGUGGCGGCACGGGGGCUCAGGCGAAAGAUCGUGCUACCGCCGUGACCCAGGUGAGCGCGGUGCAGUCGGACUGUGUGGCGUGCCUCUUGAGCACCGGUGUCGUGCAUGUAGUGCUGCCCAGCACGUUUCACCUUGUCUUCUCCAUCCCCCCGCCGUCAGUAGGCAGGCUUGGCCAUCGCCUCAGCCCACGGUCACACUGGAGCUUCACACCAUCCGGACCUACCUUUGGCGCCAUGUGGUGCGAGCAUCUCCUCCUCCUGCUGCAUCUGCCAACCGCACGGCGCGGCGAUGCAGGUGCUGCGCAUGCUAUGGAGAUGGCAACGCUGCGAGUCGAUUCCAGAAGUGCCCCAUUAGGUGAAGCUGUUGCCGGCAAGAAGCGAACCCCUGUCAAGCCGAAGGUGUCACGACUGGGCGGCCACGCAGACGAAACAGUGGCGACGGCACACGGUGUUGCGGUGGUGGCGCAAUCCUUUCUGCGUUCCUGUCAAGCGCCACUGUCGACACCUCCACGGCGAGCGGUGGCGGCUGAUUCUGCGCACAGUUGUGUCGACGCCUCACUCGCCGUGCUAUCGCGGUGCCGGCCACCCAUCGUCGUUCCAAAGAAGGGAUUCCCUGAGAUUUGGCCAGACGUGAACGAGGUGAAUCUGCGGGCCGCGGAGCAGCAGCUGACUGCGCGCCGCACCAGUGACGCGAAAGGGGCUGAUAAGGAUACGACCGCGAAUGGGCCGUUGGCCUGGUCGUCGACAGCGGCGUUCUGCGACACCCUCUCCCCCUCCUCCUGCCAGUACAAUGUGAACCAGCUGCAGGCGCACCUGCUCAAGCACGGCGUCUUUCCGCACCAGUACCGGCCUGCGAUUUGGCGCUUUCUUGCUGGACUGCCGAGCAAGGCAAAGACGGCGUCGCAGUUUGCCGCCCUCGCGCGACGACCGCCCCACCUAGCCGUGUUGCAGCUCAUGAACCCCUUCCCGCUCCCUCCGUCCAGCACUCGCGACGCCGUGGAGAACGCCCUCUCCUGUCUCUGCUGGGCCUCUCCCGUCUUCGCUCUCGCUUCCUACCUGCCAGUGCUCGUGUACCCGCUUAGCCUGGUCUUUCAUGACGAUGUUCAGAGCGUUGUGGAGCUUGUGCUGAUGUUUUUCCUCAACUGGGGAAGGGACUUCUUUGUGUGCCACACUCACGGCCCGGCAACGCUGCUCAUGGCCAUGGAGCGCCAGCUGCGGCGACUCGACGAGUCACUGUGCCAGCAUCUCGAUGCCAUGGGUGCCGGUGUAGCGGUGUGGGGAUGGGAGCUGCUCACGAGUUUCUUCACGGACUCCUUCACGGGAGCCGAAUGGGUGCAGGUCAUGGACCACGUCAUUACCGCGCCGCCGCUGUUUCUCUUUGCCUUUCACGUGACGUUCGUUCGUACCCGACUUCGGUCGGAACUGACGUCGGCGCUGAGCGUAGACGAGGUGCGUGGCCUACUCCGCCGCGCUCCGACGGCCGCUGCAGCCUCUCCAGCGCUGUCGCCGCCAAAGUCACUGCAAAGGUUGAUCGAAGAGGGCUACCGACUUUACCACAGCUGGUCAUGCGAGUCAGGUGACUCCGCAACGGACCUCUCCUCGUUUAAGGUGUUCCAGACGCUCACGCCUCUGUUCGAGUACCCUGUCAACUUUGUUCACGAUUCUGUAGUCCUCGCUGAGCGGCUGCGCGAACUCUCGCUUCUGCAGCGGAGUCGCGAUGAGGAAAAGAGAGCUGCAGCUAACUUGGAGGUGCUGCGCAAGGCCUCUGCGGCGGUGUCUGCCGAAGAAGCGGCAUACCUGCUACAGCAGCGAGCUCGCGUAGCGGCAAAGUACGACGCGUCUGCCGCUGCGUGGCAGGUGUACGUGGCGGUGGAGCGGUCGCGGCAAGAGAGGGAGGCGGAGGAGCGGCAGCUGAAGUGGGAGGCGCUGCAGAAGCGGACACGCAACGCUGAAGAGCUGGAAGCCCUGCGCGCUGAGAUGAACAUGGUGGAGUGCCAGCUCCGACACGACAUGGUGGAUCGUCACAUGGAGCAGCUCAAGUGGCGGCUGGCGGCCCAUCUGACGGACGAGGAGCUGGUGCGACUGCAGAAGGACGCCGAUACACAAGUGGAGCGCGCGGUGCAGCGUAUCGAGGAGGACGAGCAGCGACACGCGGAGAACGCGCUGCAUUACCAGACCGCGCCGCCGCUUUCAAUCGAGGUGCUUCCAGGCGAAGAAGACAAGGCAGCAGGGGGGAACGCGGCGUCGCCGACACGUGGGAUGGAAGACUCGCACCCGUCGACGCAGCCCUCUUCCACAGCGACGAUGACGGAGGAGGGGUGCGAUAACACAAAGCAGCAAUCAGCCAAACGCGGCCGAGGUGUAAGCGCGAAAAGGCAGGAGCGGGAGGCGGCGACAGAAGGGCGAGCACCCGCAGGGGGCACCGGUGCGUCAAGUCAGCCUCCUGGUGCUCGCGUUGCGUUGAAGGAACAACGCCUCUGCUGCUGCUCAUCGUCCCCCUCGGCUGCUAGCAGCAGUGCUUCUUCCUCAGUGUCACUCACCGCGGCGGACGAAACCGGCGGUGGCGCUAGUGGGUCGCUCUACCAUAGUUCACUAGGCACUCCUCCUUCAAGUGUUACUCUUUCGCAAGCACCAGCGCCCGUUGACGGCUCUGGUGGCCGACCCGACGAAGGAGAACUGCCCGCUAGGGUCUUGGAAAAGGCAAGUCCAAGCGGAGGAGCAGAUCCGACUAGCAGGAGGCCGCGCUUGGUGCCACCGCCGCGGCACGCUUACUGCGACGUAGCCGGUGAACAUGGGGAGACUGCACUGAAUCAGCGGCGGUUUCUGGAGCUACGCGAUCGCGUCUUGAGCAGGGCCGAAGCCUACACCCAACCUGGCGUAGUUGAUCCUCUUCGACGAUACCCACCUCCGUCCCGCGAUGAUGAGAGCGCAACCGUGACGGCCAGCUGCACACACACGGGCACGGCGACGUCCUCGUGCCCUUCAUCGAACACGGUGCCCUCCAGUAGGCGUCGCCUUUUUGACAACUACGAACCCUAUCAACGUCGCUCCGGCGGCGGCAGGCGCCCCUACGAUCGGCAGCAGUGGAGGCAGCCUCAUCCACCUGUGGAUUCCUACACGGCGACCGUGACGAGAACGAGCGCGACCUCCUCAACAGGGCAGAGCAUGAGCGGCAGCACGUCGACAACGAGCAGCUACGAGUCGCCGUACACCUAUACCUCUUACGACUACGACUAUUCCACGACCGUGUCGACGACGUGGCGCACUGGCGAGACAAGGUCGGCCGGCUCCACCGUCUUCAGCUCUUCACUCGAUCGAUCUACAAGGCCUCGCAGCGACCGGCUCGCGCAGGAUGACGGGUGUAAGCACCCCUGCGCCUCCCGUCGCUGA